ACAGGCCCAUAUUGGGCAGUGUGAGCGCCGAGGGCCGAGGGAAGGGGCCUGGCUCCGGGCCGCUCACCCCGGGAGGGUCCCGCCGCCAUCUCCCGCGGCCUCUGUGGAGCAGCGGGGCCGGCCACGUCCAGAGCCGGGAGCAGCAGCUUCUAGAUACUGGAAUGUUUUGACUUUGCAUGAUGGCGCCUGAUUUGCCAAAAUAGUCCAGGAGCAGCCAACUUGUGAUCUCUGGCCACCAGGAUCAGCACUUUGGGAACAGGAACUGAGUCUGAACUGCCUGCAGUGUGUUAAAUCCAGCAGUCCUACCUGGAAGCUAUGUUUGACAUUUCUAGCCCUGUGAAUGAAUGUUACGUGACAUCUCUGUUGCUUUGUGAGUAAUCAGACAUGCAAAUAACCCCUCAGAAAUCAAGCUAAAUUUAAAGAAGGCUUACUUAGAAAUUUUUGAGAGUGUGUCAUGGAGUGCAAGAGUGAGGGAAAAGAAAAAUACCAACAUAGCUUGAAUUUACUUAGUAAAAUUAAGAACAUGAAAGAAUUAGCAGAAAUGAUUGAUGUGAUUCUCAUAGCAGAAGGGGAGAAAUUUCCUUGCCACAGACUGGUCCUGGCUGCAUUUAGCCCUUAUUUCAAAGCUAUGUUCACCUGUGGACUACUUGAAUGUACUCAAAGGGAGGUCAUACUCCAUGAUAUCACAGCAGAAAGUGUGUCAGUGGUGUUAAAUUACAUGUACAACGCAGUUUUGGAGAUCAAUAAUGCCAAUGUACAGACUGUAGCUAUGGCUGCCUAUUUCAUGCAGAUGGAAGAAGUCUUCUGUGUGUGUCAGAAGUAUAUGAUGGACCACAUGGAUGCUUCCAAUUGUGUGGGUAUCUAUUAUUUUGCAAAGCAGAUUGGAGCUGAAGAUUUAUCUGAUCAAUCAAAGAAAUAUUUAUAUCAGCACUUUGCUGAGGUGAGCUUACAUGAAGAAAUACUGGAAACUGAAGUGCACCAACUUCUGAUGCUUAUUAAAUCAGAUGAUCUUAACAUAUCCAGAGAAGAGAGCAUUCUGGACUUGGUUUUGAGAUGGGUGAAUCAUAACAAAGAAUUGCGCACAGAGCAUCUUGUUGAGCUUCUGAAGCAAGUCAGAUUGGAACUUAUAAAUCCUUCCUUUUUAAGACAAGCCCUAAAAAGAAACACAAUGCUUCUGUGCUGUGCAGAUUGCAUUGACAUAAUUCAAAAUGCUUUCAAAGCCAUCAAGACACCCCAGCAGCAUUCUCUAAAUCUUCGUUAUGGCAUGGAGACUACCAGUCUUCUGCUUUGCAUUGGCAACAAUUCUUCAGGAAUCAGGUCAAGACAUAGGAACUAUGGAGAUGCCAGUUUUUGUUAUGAUCCCUCAUCAUGCAAGACCUAUUUCAUCUCAUCUCCGAAGUAUGGGGAGGGCUUAGGAACCGUGUGUACUGGUGUUGUCAUGGAAAACAACACUAUAAUUGUGGCUGGAGAAGCAAGUGCCUCUAAACUCUCUAGACAAAAGAACAAGAAUGUUGAAAUCUAUAGGUAUCAUGAUAGAGGAAACCGGUUUUGGGAAAAGUUAUGCACAACUGAAUUUCGGGAGCUCUAUGCUUUGGGCAGUGUCUAUAAUGACCUCUAUGUUAUAGGAGGACAGAUGAAAAUUAAAAAUCAGUACCUUGUUACAAACUGUGUUGAUAAGUACUCUGUAGAACGGGACAGUUGGAAAAGGGUGUCUCCUCUUCCACUACAAUUGGCGUGCCAUGCUGUAGUAACAGUGAAUAAUAAACUUUAUGUGAUUGGAGGCUGGACCCCACAGAUGGAUCUUCCUGAUGAAGAACCUGAUCGAUUAAGCAACAAACUGUUGCAGUAUGACCCCAGCCAAGAUCAAUGGACACUGCGGGCACCCAUGAAGUACUCUAAGUACCGGUUCAGUAUUGCCGUGGUCAACAGUGAGAUUUAUGUUUUAGGUGGAAUUGGCUGCGAAGGUCAAGACAAGGGUCAGGUUCGAAAAUGUCUUGAUGCUGUGGAGAUCUACAACCCUGAUGGGGACUUUUGGAGAGAGGGCCCUCCCAUGCCAAGUCCUCUCCUCUCCCUGCGAACCAAUUCUACUAAUGCAGGAGCAGUGGACGGGAAGCUCUAUGUCUGCGGGGGAUUCCAUGGAGCAGAUCGCCAUGAGGUUAUCUCCAAAGAAAUAUUGGAGCUGGACCCGUGGGAAAACCAGUGGAAUGUUGUAGCCGUCAAUGUCCUCAUGCACGACAGCUAUGAUGUCUGCCUGGUGGCUAGGAUGAAUCCCCGAGACCUCAUACCCCCGCCUUCAGAUUUGGUAGAAGAAGGCAGUGAGCACUGAGGUCAGCAUUGCUGUAAAGUCUCCUGUUUUGUCUGCACAUGAGGCAACCAGAAUGGAGAGAGCCCACAGGCACCCAUCAGUCGUCGCAGAAGUGUGUGUUGUGUGCGUGCAUAGUGGCCCAUGUGCAAAGCAGUGUGUGCUGGGCCCUCAGGGACUGCCCAGUCCAUCAGGGUAGAUGAGACACUGCACAGCAGAAUGUGAUCACGGCCAUGAGAGGAGCACAGGGUGAGUCCUUAGGAGAGCAAGGGGAUGGAAGGAUUUCACUCUGUCGGGUACUCGAGGUCCACAUUGCCAGGGAGCGGGCCUCUUGUCAGGGUCGUGAAGGAUGCGGAGGAAGCAGUUCCAUGGGCACAGUCGAUGGUAAGGUCCCUGAAACAUGAGCAAAGGCCCAGAGGUGGGAAAGCACCAGGCAUGUUUGAGACAUCCCAAAGGGCCAGACUGCCCUGGGGAACAGGGUUUGCUACUAAGGCUAGAAAAGGUGGUUGUAGCUAAAUGACUGAGAGACUGAGGAGUUUGAACCUAGUGUCUCAGUGAUGUUAAAAGUAGCCUUCUCUUUGUGUUCUGUUCUGGCUUCAGCUUCAUAACUAUUGUCUAUUCUCAUUCAAAAUACUCUUCUAGUGCAGCAACAGUGCCAAAUACUGUGGCUAGCUUGGACUAUGAGUUCACCACAGCCUAGCACUCACACCACCCAGCAGUGAGCAGAGGAGUUCAGCCCUGGGCUGUCGCGGUCAAGGGACAGUGAUGAGAGCUUCUGUAGGCCUGAUCCACUCCAGGGUUGACACGGAGUGUCCUAGGCGGGAUUUACCCAGGCUGCCUCUCCCCAGGCCCUCAGACACCCAUGACCUUCUGCAUCUUGGCCCUUGGCUGACUAGAACUGACCUAAAUCACCCAAGCCAGGGAUAGACCUGCCUCUUGAAUGGAGGAGAGAGGAAGCAAAAUCACUUUGGCUAACUGCUGCCUUCUUGGACCCAGCUUUUGCAAUGUGUCCCCAGUGUUAUAGGGCAAGGAUGGUGCCACCUUAUUGAGCCCACAAUUGAACACAUCAGAAAGCAGCCAACUCCCAAAAUCUAUUUUAGGGACUAUAUUUAAAUGGCACAUGGAAAAUCCAUCUAUUUUGCUUCCCAUUUAUAUUUCUGGAAGCACAGUGGUUUCAAAGAAUGCAUUUUGGUAGCUGUUCUUCAAUGACUUUUCAAAAGAGGUUGACACUGCACAAGGCCCUUUUUAAAUCCCUGAUGAAAAACUAGUGCCUCUAGGGCUUUUCCAGAGGGAGACAAUGCCUAAAUCAAGAUGGCUCUUCUUUGGUGAAGAGUCAAGUGUUCGUCCAUGUCCCAGGUUUCAGCUGCUAACCCAGGCAGUAGAGGCAAGUCCAACUGAAACUUGAGCCAGUUGAAAAUCUGCUUCUGCCGCCAUGGAGUGGCAAGGGCGGGGGAUGGUGGGGAGGCACAUGAGACUUGCAGGGAGCUUACACCACUGUCCAGGUUUAUUGUCCCUGAGAAGGCUAAACUCUAGGAAAGCAGGAGCCAUGUCCUCCUUUUCUCCAUGGUACCCCAAGUGCCCAUCACGGUGCCUGGCAUACUAAUUGACCUUUGGAGGCCAGAAUAAAGCAGUGCCUCUAAGUCCCAGGUUCUUGGUCUCUGACCAUUUCUAGGAAUCUGAGUUAAAAUGAGCUGAGACAAUUCUCCCUGGUGGAGAGUCAUAAUCUGAGGAUUCUUUUACUUGCUGCAAAGAUAUAGCUGUUCCUCAGAGUGGGCCGGGCUAGUUGGUGGCUGUCGUGGUAGAGGCUAACAUCCACAGGAUCUCUGCUCCCCUGAGUUACUCUGAAAAGAAUCACCAGGCCUAACUCAACCUACUUGAACAUACCAGAAGCUCUCUCGUUCCCUGAAUCAAAGAGCCCUUGGUGGUAUAUCAUGAUACACCUUUUGGAUGUAUUGAAUUUGAGAUCUAGGUUCUAGUCCACCUCUGACACUUACAAGAUAACCUUUCUGGAGUCUUGUUUUCCUUCAUUUGCAAAAUUGGAAGAAAAAUACCGCAUACUUUAUGGAGUUAGUGUGAGGAUGAGAGAGAUAAUGGUGAGCAAAGUGCCUGUUAAAUUCUAAACCAAUAAACAUUAUUUAGCUGCCGUUGUUGUUAUUAUUAUCAUUAUCAUUGUAAUCAUCAUUGUUCCCAGAGCAAAGUGCCCCAAACAGAACCCAGUCUUGGAUGUUAGGAAGAGAUUUGAGAUAGUUCUUAAUUUCCCAGACCCAAGCACUUGGCUGUUCAGUUGUGUUGGAAAGGGCACUUGUCAACCAAGGAGCUGAUGAGCAAGCAAGGGUUUCCUUGGAUCUGAGGCAUCUCUGGUGGCUUUUCUGUGCAUCCUCCCGAAGACAGACCCUUCAGGGGCUGAGGCAGCACCACAGAGGCACCUGGGGCUGAGAGGUUACAAGAUCAUCGGCCACACAGAGGCACGAUGGGUGAAACCUGAAUCCCCUCUAAUGCAGGAUUUCGUUUGGGAAGUGUCCGGAUGAAGAUAUGCAGAGAGUGAUGAGAGAGGCCAGGGGAAGAGGGAUGGCUUCUCUAGAGAGUCAGGAAGGGCGGUGCCCCCAAGCAGGGUUGGCACUGAAGAACAGGAAGGCAUCUAGAGGCAGAAUACCUCAAACUCUGUUCUGUGGAGCCCCUGAGAUCCCAACAGGGACAUCACAGAUUUCAGAUGUUUAAUCUUACUUGUUUAAAGAUGGCAUAUAAUAGAUUGCUUGCUUUGGUGCUUAUUUUAAGUUCUGGGUGCUUCUUGUCUGACUUUCAUAUUUGUAAUUUAAAACAUCAUGUCCCUGCCUUCCUGUUGUCAGGUUCAAUUUCGAAACACAAUUUUCCUCUCUCUCCUUUUUUCACCUGAAUUGAAGACUGCCCCAGUAUUGCAUGAAACUUCUGCUAUUUGCUAAUUCUUCUCUUUGUGAAUCAGGGUUGCUUAAAACUGAGCAACAAAGCAUAAUAAGGAAAUAAUUUGGAUGCUGAGGCUGAUAUAAAACUGCAGCUGUCAACAGUAACCCUGAGUUCAGUUUUUGUGUUCAUCAGGACAGCCUCAUUGUUCUCACUGAUUGACUUUAUAAUGAGCAAAUGCUUUAAAUUUGAACUUAUAAAAUAAAUUUUCACUAAUAAAAUAUUGCUUUCACUUUGCUUUUUAUAUUGCAAUUCCAUGUAAAUUUCAUUUGAAAAGGGGUUCCUGUGCCUAGAAAAUGUGAGCUUUCCCAGGGUGGGGUGGGAUAACCAGCUAGA